AUGGGGUUCUCUUCUUCCUCCCGCUCGCGUGCUGCUUCGGCGCUACUGCUUUGCCUUUGCAUGUUGUUGUGCAGAGUACAUGGCGAGUCUCGCAAGCUUUACAUAGUUUACCUAGGUGAUGUGAAGCACGGACACCCCGACGACGUCGUCGCUUCGCACGAUGAUAUGCUCGCCACUCUCCUCGGAAGCAAGGAAGAAUCAUCGGCCUCCGUGGUGUAUAACUACAAACACGGCUUCUCAGGCUUCGCCGCGAUGCUCACCCCAGAGCAAGCCAAGCAACUUGCAGAGUUUCCGGAGGUCAUCAGCGUCGAACGGAGCAAACGGCACAGAACGGCCACCACGCGGAGCUGGGACUUUCUUGGUCUCAACUACCAGAUGCCGGCCAGUGGACUACUCCACGGAAGCAACUACGGAGAGGAUGUAAUCAUCGGGGUGGUUGACACCGGGAUCUGGCCAGAGUCGAGAAGCUUCAACGAUGAAGGGUACGGUCCCGUACCAUCAAGGUGGAAAGGAAAGUGCCAAGUCGGUCCAGACUGGGGCAUCAACAAUUGCAGCCGCAAGAUUAUAGGCGCAAGGUUCUACUACCCAGGAGUUUCAGAUGACCUUCUCAAGGUGGACUCACUCUCGCCCCGUGACCACGUUGGACACGGUACGCACUGUGCGUCUACCGCGGCGGGGUCGGCCGUGGAGGGGGCAAGCUUCCAUGGCCUUGCCGAGGGAGUUGCACGGGGAGGCGCACCACGCGCUCGCAUCGCCGUGUACAAGGCCCUCUGGGCUGAUGGCUCUGGGAACACAGCAACUCUGCUCGCCGCCAUUGACGAUGCGAUCCAUGACCAAGUGGAUGUGCUUUCACUUUCUCUAGUUCUCCUGGAGGAGAACUCGUUCGGCGCUCUGCAUGCGGUUCAGAAGGGGAUCACCGUUGUGUAUGCGGGCGGCAACGACGGUCCAAGGCCGCAGACCAUCGUGAACACUUCACCAUGGGCCAUCACCGUUGCAGCGAGCAAGGUUGAUCGGUCGUUCCCCACGGAGAUCACGCUGGGGAACAAGCAACACAUAGUGGGACAGUCUCUCUAUUACGAGAACUCGUCCAUGAGCAGCAAUCACUUUUCUCUGCUGCUUUCUGUGUUUAGGUGUACCUUGGCUGCACUUACUAAUGACACGGAAGUGCAAGGAAAAAUCCUGCUCUGCCUUCCGUCGCCAAAGGAUCCAUUCGCCCUCAUCCCAGGGCCCGUUUUCCAAAACGCGGUCCAAAACGUCCUGAAUGGUCGGGGAUCUGGUCUAAUUUUCGCUCAAUAUACGACCGACAUUUUAGAAACGACAUCACUUUGCCAAGGUAUUGCUUGCGUUGUCGUGGACCUUGACACCGGGAAGAAGAUUAAGAAAUACAUGAGCACCACCAGCUCUGCCGUAGCAAAGAUUGAACCAACGUGCACCGUCAUAGGGAAAGAGAUACUAGCGCCAAAGGUAGCAUCGUUCUCAUCCAGAGGCCCAUCACCUGAUUACCCUGACAUCAUCAAGCCUGACAUAGCUGCACCUGGAGCCAGUAUCUUGGCAGCAAAGGAAGGUUCCUAUGUGACCAUGUCAGGAACAUCGAUGGCGGCGCCGCACGUCUCAGGCGUCGUCGCGCUGCUGAAAGCCCUGCACCCAGACUGGUCGCCUGCGGUAAUAAAAUCAGCCAUCAUCACCUCUGCGCAUGUCACCGACGAGCACGGCAUGCCAAUACUGGCGGAGGGAGUUCCUCGCAAGAUCGCCGACCCAUUCGACUACGGCGGCGGGAACAUCAACCCUCUCGGAGCGGCCGAUCCAGGACUGGUCUACACCAAAUUCUUCCAGUGCACCAUCAUGAGGAGGACGAACGUGAGCUGCAACGCCACGGGGCUGCCCGCGUAUCACCUGAACCUGCCAUCACUCGCUGUUCCAGAUCUGAGGCGCCCGGUCACCGUGUCGAGAACGGUGACGAAUGUUGGAGAGAUCAACUCUGUGUACCACGUCAUUGUCCAAAGUCCGAUCGGUGUGAAGAUGGAGGUUGUGCCACCAGUCCUCGUGUUCGAUGCAGUAAACAAAGCGCGCACGUUCAAGGUGAAGUUGUCGCCUGCGUGGAAGAUACAAGGGGAUUACACGUUUGGCAGCAUUACUUGGCGCAGUGGUCGAAAGGCCGUUAGGAUUCCCGUUGCGGCCCGGAUCACGGUUCAGGAUUUCUAUGCGGAUGUUGCAUAA